AUGCUAGAUGUGGCCUUGAUUCCAACCGCUGGUAGCAGUAGUGGAAUCUUCGUAAUUGAUAUUCACACUGGCGCUAUUGUGAGGCAGUUGAAGGACUCCACAUCGACUACUGUAGUGCCCACUGCUGACGGCUACAUAUGUGCCGCACAGAGCAACAAGGGUCUAUUACAUUAUUGGAAGAUUGCCGAUGGUAUCGAUGAUGAUGACGAUGAUGCUACGCUCAGAGGGAUGGCUUCCAACCCGUGCUAUAAGUGCUCCACUCCAGAGAAGCUCCUCAAUCUCCUCUUCACUCAAGGGCCGGCCCAGCUGCUGAUCGGUGGUGGUAUCUCGGGAACGAUUUAUAUAUGGCAAUUGAGCACAGGUCGACUCUUGCGGACUUGGAAGGCCCAUUAUUCUGGAGUCACUCAGAUGUGUCUUACAGCCGAUGGUUCCUUCUUGGUAACGGCCGGUCAGGACACCACGGUGAAGGUAUUCACAUUGUCCAGUCUGAUCACCUCUGGGGGAGGGGGAGGUAAGCCAUUGGUGCUGUGUGUGAGGGUGAUCCCUCUUCGGUUGCAUCUCAGCGGAACACCAUCGCCGGCACGCGUUUUCCGUGGUCACACCUUACCAGUGAACGCGUUGAAAAUACUGCAAGAAGUUUGGACCAGCAGCCACCUCUCUGAGCCGUCCAAGAUCCUUAUCACGUCGGGAUCUGCCGAUGGGAGUGUGAAGGUAUGGGAGUUCAUCCCGGGAGGUAGCGGUCGACAAGUCGCUACCUUCAACCUCCCCACCCCUGUUAAGCACAUCGCUCUAAGUCUUCGAGACCCCCUCUAUGCUGGUGGUGAUGAUGGCCGAGUCCACGUCAUUGACUUUGAGAGUAAGGAGACUAGCGUCCUCACAGGCUCCCAUGAGUCGGGCCUAGUCGGUUUGGGAUGCAGCAUCGACGGUAGUCGGGUCGUCAGCGUUGCAGCAGACGGCUUGCGUGUUUGGGACGUCUUCAGUGGACAGACAAUCAAACAGAUAUCUACGGCGCAGCUGAGUCUUCAACCUCCUUGUGGACUAACCAUGCUGUCUCGUGUGGAUCUAGUGGGGCAGUCUAUGGGUUCUAUUGCUCCCCGCUUUCAAGCACUCCAGCGAGUGCUUACUCCGGUGGAUGAACUCGAGACCGUCCCUGUCCCCUCACGUAAAGUGGACUCUAAGAAGAGCGCGUCGAUCGAAGAUGUAUUCGAAAUUGACUUGGAAAGGGAGAGGAAGCAGUCCCCUGUAUCGUGCCUCACUUAUGGUCUCCUUGAGGACGUCUUUGCCUCAUCUGCUUGUGACGAUGCAGUGACCAAAGCGAACGAAGUGAGAGACAAGUGGCAGAACGUCGCCUAUACCCUCUACCAGCAAAGCACUAGUUCGUCCAGUCCUCCAGCUCCCGCUGAGUCAGGAGUAGUGAUACCUCCAGUUGUGAUGGAGGCGGCCGUGGAAAGUACUAAGGAGCCUGAGGCGGGCCCGAAAGUAGCAACAGUGGAGCGGCCAGUUCGUCCUAAACGUAAAGCAGCGAAUAAGUCGAUUAAAAAGAAGAAGAAGAAGAGUUUACCAUAA